UGAUAAUUGUCAAGAUGCCAGGACUCCGGGCGGCCUUUCGAGGAUUGCUCAAGCGCUCUCACAGCACAGGCAGCUCCUCGGCAGAACCCCAGCCGCAGCCCUCGCAGCACUCAGGCCAAGCGGCAGGCAGCAGGAGCACUUCUCGCGACCACGGCCGAUCCUCUCCGCAUCUCGCUGCCCUCAAGAGUCCGUCCAAGUUUAGUGUGCAGGACAGCAUCAGAGAGGAAGACAGCGACGACCACUUUCACGACGCUCCCGAGCCCACCACGCGCCCGCCCGCUGCCAGCAACCGCAACAGCACCAGCACCGGCCGCGGCAUUGCUGCUCCGACCCUCGACGCUCAACUUGCUAGCAUCCAUCUUGACAACGACCUCCAGUCCACUCCCGAGAGACAUGGGACUUCGAGCCACUCGCACAAUCAACCAAGCCUGACAUUGCAGUGUGCCACUCCAGAGAAGCCUGUCGACAUCCUCGCCGAGUAUGUCGCUGAACUACACAUCUCUCCCAAUGUCCCACGCGCUGACACAGACGCCUCCACCAGCACAAGGAGCCUCCGUCCUCAAUCCGCCCACUCGCGCCCUCACACCCCAGUAUCCAUCCGCGCCCAGCCCUCUCCGAGUCUGCCGUCGCUACCGCUGCCACUGACGCCUAAACGUCCAUCCGAGAACACUAUCCGUCGUCAAUCCCUCUUGAGCGGCGCCAACGCUCCUAUCAUCCGCGCCUUACUCAGUCCCAACACCGUCGCUCAAUUCCCUCUACCUCCCUCGACUCCUCCGGCCACCAUUGAAGCCUCGGACUACUUUGUCGACGCACCGGUCCCUCCUAUUGCUAGCAUGUUGACCCGAAAAGUAUGGGUCAAGAGACCCAAUGCCUCGCCUACCAUGGUCACGGUGCGCGAAGACGACCUAGUCGAUGAUGUGAGAGACCUCGUAAUGAGGAAAUACGGCAACUCGCUGGGUAGAAGUUACGACUCACCCGACCUUAUCCUGCGCAUCGUCAGCAGGCCUGAUGAGAACGGGAAGCGCGCAUCGGAACGUAUUCUCAGUCCAGACGAGGAUGUCUGUCGCACAUUGGACUCGUAUUAUGCUGGUGGCCAAACUGCCGAGGAAGCUCUUCUUAUCGAGACUCCCNCACGCCGCACCCCUCGCCCAUCUCCUCGCAUAUACCAUGGUGCUUCAUAUGCUGCCUUGGAUGACUACCGACCUGCAGAGACAGGCACUGACUAUNUUCCCCCAAUGCCCGCAGUUCAACUUCCAACAAAUGUGCCUGGCCAACCGCCUGUGCAACAGACAUUACAUCCUGAGCCACCCCGCUCAAUAGCCGUACUGAACACUGGCCAGAUUCCUGUCUUGCCAUCACCGGGCAGUGUCCGCCGCCAUCGCGAUCCUCGCGAUCCUAGGCCAAAGUUCAACCGCCAACAUACUUCUUCCCCUACUAUCAUGACCCACAAUCCUCCGCCUACAUCCAUGCCUCUCAGUGCAUCCAACCUAGCGAUUUCUCAACAUAUGCCUACAAUCAGACAGAGUCGCCCAAGAGCCGGUUCCACCGUUUCCGAACAACAGGGCCAUGCCGUACCGCCGGCGCCAGCUCUCCCAACACCUCCUGCCGCAGAGGCUAUACCUCCUGUACAUCCCGGUAGUAGCCCACCCACCCCUGCUUCUCAGAGUCAAAGCACGCUCAAGCCUGCUCGCCCUCGCCGCCAAAGAAAGCUUACUCCCACCGACGGUACGGCGACCAUCAAAUCUCCUAGCAAUGGCGCAAAAACAACCCUUCCUCCUUCGCUGCUCGACGGCGCGGUUCCUCCCAUCAACGUACUGAUCGUCGAGGACAACAUCAUCAACUUGAGACUGUUGGAAGCGUUUAUGAAGCGCUUGAAAGUAAGAUGGAGCACAGCUUUGAACGGCCAGAUUGCAGUCAACAAAUGGCGAGCUGGCGGCUUCCAUCUAGUGCUUAUGGAUAUUCAAAUGCCCAUCAUGAACGGAUUGGAAGCAACCAAAGAGAUUCGUCGUCUUGAAAGAGCCAAUGGAAUUGGUGUGUUCAGCACCUCUUCCACCCCUGCUCCUUGUUCUGGAAAAGGCGAGAAUGGAGAAGAUUACGACGAAGAAAAGAAGAAGGACGAUGAUAAACUCGUGUCUGAUGGCGGCUUGUUCAAGAGUCCCGUCAUCAUUGUCGCGCUUACUGCAAGUAGUUUGCAGAGUGACAGACACGAAGCCCUAGCUGCUGGUUGCAACGAUUUCUUGACANAAGAUGUUCGCCCCGUUAACUUCGUCUGGCUUGAACGCAAGGUCAAGGAAUGGGGUUGUAUGCAAGCUCUCAUCGACUUUGACGGCUGGCGCAAGUGGAAAGACUUUGAUGCUGAUAAGGCAGCGAAAGAGAAGAAGGCUAAGCGCCUCUCACGAGCCAGCGCCGAGGGACCACCCAGAUCUCCUCGCCCUGGGGCGACGACCGCGGAUGCACCAGCACAAAGCAACGGUGAAGCUGCCUCGACGACCGAAGCGACG